UCCUGGUUUGGCCUUGUUGUGGCGGUAACGCUGCAAGAAGUCGAAGUUUUGAUUUCUUCUGAAAAGAACAAGGAAGCGCCACUACAACAGCGGGAUGAUUGUCAACUGCGAGAAGUAGUUGUCCGUUGAUCCUCUCUUCUGUUGCGAAUAAGCUAACUGGCUCCACUGCAGAAAUGGAGGCUGCAGGAGGAGAUGAGAGUAUGGAUGUGCAAGGGGAAGUGGCAGAACCGAGCUUUUCUGGACAUCGACAGACUUCUGUGAAGCCGGUUUGGACUUUGCUAGAGGACGCAGCCCAAAUGAAAACUGAAGGGAAUGCUUUCUACAGGGAGAAGAACAUUCGCUCAGCCAUUGGGCGUUAUCACCGAGCUCUGCUGGUUCUCAGGGGCCUCGACUCUGAGGUGAUGGCGGCGGUGAAAGGGUUCGGACCGAAGUUACCUGAUCUCACACCUGAACAGGAGGCUUCACUGAGAAACACACAAGUGGACUGCUACAACAACUUAGCCGCCUGUUUGCUGCAGAGGCAGAGUGUUGACUAUUCUCGCGUGCGGGACUACAGCCUGCGGGUGCUGCAGUGGCGACCGGCUGAUGUCAAAGCACUGUACAGGGCAGGAGUAGCCACGCUGGAGAUGGGAGAUGCACAGACUGCCAAACAGUACCUCACCCAGGCCUGCAGAGAGCAGCCUAAUGAUGCCAACGUGAGGAAACACCUGCAGAGGGCCGAGGACAAACUGAGUCGGGAGCUGCAAAAAGAGAGGGCCAUGUACCGAGGCAUGUUUUCCUCCAGCCUGAAGAGCAGCUCUGAAGAAGGGGUUAACCAAACCCACAGAGCCGGUGAAGGAGUUUUAGCCAGCCAGCUGAACCCACCAAAUGAAGCCUCCAACUGAGAGAGACUCUGUUCAGCCUCAACUGAUUACAAACCAACUGAAGAAUGUUCACACCUCUUGACUUGUGUUACCUUUAGGUGUUUAUCAAGUGAGCGUAGGAAAGUAAGAAUUGAAAAUGACACAGAAUACUGGGAAGCGGUCAAAAAAAGACAUCACUGCUGAAAAUAGAAAGGAGAGGAUGGGAAAGUUAGUUUCCUAGCAACACGGAUGCAAAGCUCUAUUCAGUUUGGAUAUUUCACAAAAAUGCCUCUGAAAGCUGAAGUGACACUCAUCAUGCACUAAAAAGUUCUGAUUAUGCCUUCAUGAUCACAGCUGUCUGGACAGUACUGUGAAUGUGAUUUUGUCAGUUUUCAAGUAAAAUAUUUUUUUUUAAAUAAAAAAUGUCUAAGCUCUGA